AAUUGCGCUGUGUUUAUAGCUCUUCAAUGAAAAUUUCUAUUGAUUUGGUUAUGUAACAUGUUUUGAUGGUUUGAAUGUCUCUGUUAUUAUUUGAAUUUUGCUUGGUUCUGAAUUUUGAUGGAGAUAUUAGUUUCUUUGUUAGUAUUAUUAAAUUUAACUUGCAAGAAAGAUAUACUUGAAGUAGGAACAGAGAUUAGUCUAAAUUUUAUAAAAGUCAUGUUUAUUAGCUAAUUUUGGGAUAAUUAUUGAUUAUUAAUAAGGUGUAUGAAUUUUGGAGAAAUUGAUUUAGUUACCUUGCUUAGUAUGAAAAAUGGACUUGUUAAAAAAAUGGUUUGAUUUGGAGUUGUUUUGGUAUUUAAAAUGUUUUUAUUUUUUUAUUUUUUUAUUGUUCUUACAGUGCUAGUUUAGCUCUAUGAGAAUGCCCUUGUCCUUCAUUCCUUCCUCCCAGUUUUUAGAACAACUAUUUGGGAUUGAGUUGAGUUAGGCAAUGUAUGUUAAUUAAAAUGACUGGUUUUUGUAGAAUUUGUGUCAGGGAUUUAAAAUUUGCACAUGAAUUACUUAGAACACCUGACAACAUGUAGAUUUAUGUAUGUUUUUUGUAUUUUAUUUCAUUUUUACAUUUUGACAUGCUCGUAUAAUUUUUGUUCCCUUCAAAGUUGGACGGGGAAUCUCUUGACAGAGCUUUGAUCUCUAGUCAGACAAAUGUAUAUACUGCUGCUUUGUUCUGUGCCUCAUGGUGCCCUUUUUCAAGUGGUGUUCGAUCCAAGUUUGCUGUCCUCAGUUCAAUGUUUCCUCAAAUCAAACAUGUGAUGGUUGAACAAUCUUCUGCCAUGCCAAGAGAUUACAUGUAAGAAAACUUGAAGGCAAGGUGCUGGACUUAGAACAACAACUCAAUGAGAUAAGAGCCAUGCUGAUCAAAGAAAGAAGGCAAAAUGAUGGUACCAAUCCCUCCCCAAAAGCUCCAAUCUACUCCUCAUGACAACCUUCCAACUUUAGUGAAUGAAGUUGGUUCUGUUACUGAAAGCAUUGAAGCUAUAAAAAUAUCUAAACGUGCUGGUUCUUCAAUUGCAAACCUUCCAACUGGUUUAGAUAUGGAUCAAAGUAAUGGUGUGUCGAGCUCAGAGAAUGUCAAAUGCAAGUUGUUGCAUUGGGAAGAGACAAACUUGGUAGUUGCAGUUGGCCAAAUUGUAUCAAGGGAUCCCAAGUCAAAGGUGCAUCAUGUGACCCUUGGACCUAUAUGUUGGCAAGUAUGGGUGAACCACGUAACCGUCAAUGUGUCGUCGUUUUGUUCUACUCAUGAAUUGUAUGAUCUUCAAGAUGCAAUAAGAAGUACAGUUGCAUGGCCUAGUCAAUUCAUUCUUUUGGACUAAAUAUUAACUGAUUUACAAUUUGUAGUUAUACUUUUUGGAUGUUUAAAGUUGUAUUUUAGAGAUUAGUGAAUCUUAUGAUUUGAAUAUUUUUUUUGAUUUGUAUGUUUGAGGUUGUUUUCAGCUUGAUAUGAUAGAAGUUGGAGAUGGAAGUUAGUAUGCA